ACUAUGGCUGCAAAAGUUUUAUUAAAUCAAUUAACAAAAAUUGCCAGAUUUAAUGGAUUCACUGCAACGAAAUUUCUUUCAAAAAGGACAUGUCUACCAACAGCCACCAAGAGUGACAAUUGUGCUAGUUUUGUUAAACAAUACUGCUCGGUUAUCAAUAAUAUUCCCAUAGUUUCUUAUGAAGAAGUAAAACAACUAAAAAAGCAUCCUGAAAUACUUUUAAUCGAUGUUAGAGAGCCCAACGAAUUGCUAGAGACAGGUGAAAUACCCACCAGUAUUAAUAUACCCCUAGGACAAGUGGCCGAAGAAUUGUCAGAAAAUGUGGACAAGGGUGCUUUUAAAGCAAAGUAUGGCAGGGAUAAGCCCGAUAAGAAUACUGAAAUAAUAUUCCACUGCAAGAUUGGUAAAAGAUCUCAAAAUGCUGCAGAACUGGCCAGAAGUUUAGGCUAUAAAAAUACCAAAAAUUAUUUGGGUUCCUGGACCGAAUGGGCUGAAAAGGAAGGUUUAGCUAAGUAAUGGCUCAGUGAAAUUUUUAACAAAUAAAAUAUUUAUAAACUAAUUUUAAUAAAUUUCUUAUGAUUUUUUGAAAAACAAAAA